UAUGUUUCAAGAAUUCCACAAAUCAUGUACGAAAUCGAAGAUUUUUCCUGCAACUUGGAAGUGCAUUUAUUGUAAAAAAGAAGAUGCUAAAAAGAAGAGAGAAGAAGCAAAGAAGAAAAAGGAAGAUUCAUUGCCAAGUACAACUAAUACUCCACGAGUCAAUUCAUCAAAAAUAUCUACAAACAUUUCCCUAGUCAAUUCAUCAGCUAUUCAAACAAAUCAUCCCCUAGUCAUUCAACCUGUACUUAAUUACGUUGAUCCGUUUAUGUCAUAUGACGUUAUUCAUUCUUCAAACGGUAUGAACAAUGGCUCACCUGUUGCUAUGAAGGAAUCAAACAAAGCGACCCUGGCUUCAAUAAAGGAUACGGCAACUGUUUUCGCCACCACAGACCGACUGCCAAGUUAUCCAACACCAAAGGCAUCCAUCAUUAGUAGGAGUAGCAAAAGACCAGGACAAAAACAACAGAAAGAAAAUGACGGAUUACGAUAUGGUGUCUGCUGUUUCUAAAAAGAGGAAUACGAAAAGACAAGCAACUGGAUCACUGGACGAAGUGGAUCUUACCUUAAAACGUUCCAACGCUGCAAGCGGUUCAGAAUAUGUGAUGAAAAAAAGGCGUGGAAGACCUCCUAAAGCCUUGAAUGUAGUAAAAAUUUGAACAUUACAAAUUGAAAACAAGACUAUCUUAAGUUUAUUCAAUCGCGUCUAAAAUGACACACUUGAGCAGUGGUACAGUUGUUUAAGAGCCAGGAACAACGCUAGGAUUAGCGUUGUGCAAGCAGCAACACACAUAGACAAUUUAUCAAAGAGGGUAAUUUUUUCUUCAUCCGAUCUCAAUAAAUUUACUGGAACUUUAUUGUUCAAGAUAG